CAGCAAGGCUUUGCUGUAUUACCGCGAGCAUACGCUAUACCGGUUACCUGGUCUAAUCAGAGAUAGCCAUCCUUGUCCUGCCUAUACCGAGCGAUAUCGAGUUAUAAGGUAAUGUGACUAGUUAACGUAUAUAUGUAUGUACUUGUCUAUGUACUUGUCUACAUACAUAGGUAGAUCCAGCACCAGCAUCAAGCAACUUACACGCCAGCCAACCAUAGCCUCGCGUGCGUACCACCAUGCAGCAGCACCAGCGUCAGCAAGAACAAACGCAGAAACAUGGUCUAGACUAUGCAGAAAGUGAAAGUGGGAUGGAACGGCGGCUAGACCGCGGCGAAGGCAGUGGCGAUUCCGCGCAUCAUAGCGCCAGAAGUAACUCUUAUUCUACAUCUGCCGCUGCCGAUGGCACCGUGCCCAGAGAAGCGGUUACUCUGACCGGUGGGGGAGAGUUCCACUACCACCAACAAGAAGUCCGGCAUCAGCGACAGUCGAUGCAUGAAGCUGCGCCCUCCACCUCCACCGGUUCGCAUGGCGCGGCUAUACGAGACAAACAAAUCCACGUUUCCUCAUCAACUGGCACUCGAAUUAACUACCCCAGUUCCAGCCCUAACGCUGCCGCUGCCGCUACUACUACUACUACUGCUACUAUCGCUGCCGUUGCUGCUAGCGCAAUGGACGCGAAUACCGCCGAGUCCUACGAGCAGCAGCAUGUGCAUAGCGUAUACGAGACUAUCGCGUCGCACUUCUCUGCAACGCGGUACAAGCCCUGGCCCUUCGUCGCAUCCUUCUUGUCGUCGCUGCCCCCCGGCUCCGUGGGCCUAGACGUCGGCUGCGGCAACGGCAAGUACCUGGAUGUGAACCGGGACGUCGUGAUAAUCGGCUCGGACCGCAGCGCUAACUUGGCACGGCUAGCCCAAGACCUAAAAGCCAAGGGAAGUAACGGUGCCGAUGUAGUAGGCGUCGCAGAUGGGCUAGCCCUCCCAUUUGGAGGCGCGAGACGCGUCGACUUCGCCAUCUGCAUCGCGGUUGUCCAUCACUUGUCGACACGGGAGCGUCGCGUCGAGGGCCUGCGGGCUCUACUCGACUGCGUCCGUCCGCGCAGCGGCAAGGUCCUGGUAUACGUCUGGGCGCUGGAACAGGGAACCAGCCGCCGCGGGUGGGACGAGACUGCAGAUCAGGACCAGCUAGUGCCGUGGGUUAUGAAAUCCAAUAAACCUAAGAAACAGAAGGCGGGAGGAGAAGAGGCUAGUAAUAAAAAGGAAAACAACAACAACAAUACCAAUACCAGCGCUGCGAGCGAGAGUGCAGGGGUCGCAGAUGCUACGUAUCAACGAUAUUACCAUCUAUACAGAAAAGGGGAGCUGGAAGAAGAUGCUCAGACAGCUGGAGGAGAGAUUGUAGAGAGUGGCUACGAAAAGGACAAUUGGUGGGUUAUAGCGAGUCCCAAAGAAGAAUCCUCAUCGCCGCCUAUAGGAUCCGAUAGCAAAUAGCAAUAGCAAUAUUAUUACUAUUAGUAAUGAUCACGCUGUCAAGUUACACAAGCAGGCAGCCAUAGAAUUAGUUUUCUUUAUUUCGAGA